UUGUGAUGGCGACAGUUGGGACAGAAAGAGAAAAGAGAGAGAAAAAAAAAGGGAAAAUACACUUUGCUCUUUAAGUCAUGAUUCAUUUGAGGAGGUCAUAGUGCCUGCAUUUGCCACAUCAUUGGAAAUGAGUUGAUGUGGUAAUGCAAAAACUUCAUACUUUCUUUUCUGUUUCAAGUCCACUCUUUUUUGCUUUUCCAUCAGCAUUUGAUUAUCCUAGUUGAAAAACAAGGCAAUGUUCAUAUAUAUUCAGAGCUGCAAAUUCAAUAGAGAAAGUAAGAGGAAUGACCCACUUUGAUUAUCAUCAUCAAUAUAUAUGGUGAAGGUUGUCUGUGGGUUUGUUUGAGGUGUUUCAAUAUUAUGAAACAAGGAAUUCAGUAGGUGUGACUUCAUGUAUAAAAGAUGCUCUGCAAUGAAUUUGAUUAAAAUCCUUCCAUGAAUUCAAUGGGAAAGAAAAGGAGCUGGUUUAGUUGGGUGAAGAAGAUAUUCACUUCUGAUGCAAAAACAAAAACAGAAAAGAAAUCAAGGAGGUGGAGAUGGAUUCUUGGAAGGCUGAAGCUUAAGCAAUACCACCCUGCACUUCCAGCACCACAGACAUCAUUUUGUCAAGCAACAGAGGAGCAAAGAAAGCAUGCUCUGAAUGUUGCCAUUGCGACAGCUGCUGCAGCAGAGGCUGCAGUUGCUGCUGCCCAAGCGGCAGCUGAGGUUGUCCGUCUAGCGGGUGCCUCCAAGCCUUUCCCUCAUUUCACAACAAGGGAUAGAAACUUGGCUGCUAUUAAGAUUCAGAGUACUUUCCGGGCAUAUCUGGUGAGCUUACCUUUGAAAUCUUUGUUCUUUGUUUUCUAAAAUCAUUUCUGCUCAUGUUGUAACUUAAAUAUGGUCAUUGUUGCAUUCAUUUGUGACUGCAGUAAUA